AGACAGGCUAGUCCUCCUCCAACGGAACGCGUCUGUCCCACAUCGGAGUUUAACAGCCGACUGACACAGAGCCGCUGAACUGUCUGUAGACUGUCAUCAUCUGCUCUGGAGGGAGAGACGCUUGCCAUGGGCAUGUGGUCACUUGGCCUUGGUGGUGUGGGGGCCGCCAUUGCUGGCUUAAUACUUGCAAACACUGACUUCUUGCUGACUGAACCGGCACCUGCCACUCUAGAGUAUCUAGGGAAUGCUGACCUGAAAACCAUCAACAGUGAUAAGAGGACUUUAAAAGGAAAAACUCUCUGGGAGAAAUCUGGUGCAGUGGUCAUGGCUGUCCGGCGACCUGGAUGAUUUUUGUGCAGAGAGGAGGCCUCUGAGCUGUCCUCUCUGAAGCCCCAGCUGGAUGAGCUCGGGGUCCCUCUGUAUGCUGUUGUGAAGGAGAAUGUAGGUACAGAGAUUCAGGACUUCAGGCCUCACUUUGCAGGGGAGAUUUUCCUGGAUGAAAAGCAAGCUUUUUAUGGGCCACAACAAAGGAAGAUGGGUGGGCUUGGUUUCAUUCGCUUGGGAGUAUGGCAAAACUUUAUAAGGGCCUGGAGGUCAGGUUACCAGGGCAACGUGAACGGAGAAGGUUUCGUCCUGGGAGGAGUGUUUGUCAUUGGAUCUGGUGAACAGGGGGUUCUUCUAGAGCAUAGAGAAAAAGAGUUUGGAGAUAAAGUCAGCAUAGAGUCGGUUUUGGAAGCCGCUAGGAAAAUUGUGGUAGAAAAGUAGAUGCUGUCUAAGUUUGUCAGGUGCAGCAAAGCUGCCAAGUUUGAUUAAAAAAGAGAUUAAGGAAAGUUCUCCCUUGAUCUAGAGCAGGGUUAUUGAAAUCUUACCCUCGAGGGCCAGUGCACUGCAGAGUUUAGCUCCAACCCUGAUCAAACUCACCUACCCUUGAUUUUCUAAUGAUCCUGAAGACACUGAUUAGCAUGCUCAGGUGUGUUUGAUCAGGGUUGGAGCUAAACUCUGCAGUGCACUGGCCCUCGAGGGUAAGAUUUGAAUAACCCUGGUCUAGAGUCACAAUCCACCUCAUCACACUUCCUAUCUCAUACUAAUGCUGUGAAAAGAGAGAAAAGCUCAGGUUAUGUUGAAUUGUUAGCACUGACUGGUAACAUUUUAAUUCUGGUAUGUACAAAUAAGUCUAAUGUAGUGUAAUUAAGUAAUAUUGUUUUUUUUUUUAACUUA